UACCCGGGGAGGGAAGGGGGGGAUUAUGGCUCUCGCCGGGCUCGCGCUCGUUUUCCUCACCAACUUUUACGUGGCCGACGGCAGCAGGCACGCGGUGUACUGGAACAGCUCCAACAUACAUCUGCGGAGGGAAGGCUACACCCUGCAGGUGAACGUGAACGAUUACCUGGACAUCUACUGUCCACACUACAACAGCAGCCAGAGGGGCGUGGCUGAGCAGUAUGUCCUCUACAUGGUCAGUUAUCGCGGCUACCGCACAUGCGACCCGCAGCUGGGCUUCAAGCGCUGGGAGUGCAACCGGCCCCACGCCCCUCAUGCACCAAUCAAGUUCUCUGAGAAGUUCCAGCGCUACAGCGCCUUCUCACUGGGCUACGAGUUCCACGUGGGACACGAGUACUACUACAUCUCCACGCCCACUCAUCACCAUGGCCGCAGCUGCCUGAGACUGAGAGUGUACGUCUGCUGCUCACCAGCAGCUGAUGCAGAUGACGAGCCACAGCCCACAGAGCCAGACUACACUCUGAGACCUAACAUCAAAAUUGAUGACCUCGACGACUACGAUAACCCUGAGGUCCCUAAGCUGGAGAAGAGCAUCAGUGGGAGCAGCCCGUCCCGGGACCGCCUCCUCCUCACCGUGGCAACGCUCUUCCUCAUCGCGCUCUCCGUCUCCUAGCACCCACCUCUGGGACACUAUCAUGCCAACGAGGCCUAGGGGAAUGUAGCGGACAACUGUGGGGUGAGGCCAGUGGGUGGGCCAAUGAGGACUGAGGAGGAACUCAAACCAGAACGAACCUGAAAACAAAAACAAUAAAAGGAUGUGAAAGAGAGCAUUUAGAGGUGACUGGACGUCGAACAAACACCAAGAUUUCAUCAUUGGUGCUACCGUGCUGCACGCGUGCUAGCGGGAUGCUAAGGCCUUCACGCAUUAAACGGUGGAAUCUGAACUUCACAAUGAAAGCUUUGCCAUUCAGCUCAAGCUGGACCAUCAGACAGUGUGUGUUUGAGUGAGUGUGUGUGUGUGUGUUUAUUUCAAUAUGCAAAUGUGUGUUAUUUACUUCAUGCAAGAUCACCCCUUCACUCUGAUUGGCUGACAGCUCUAUUACUUGUUGACUGGCAGGUUAGCGGUCGAGUUGAGUCGAUGCUUAGAUCGGUCCUAAAGAUUAACGCUAAGCAUUAAAAUUCAAGUCGCUAGUGCGGAACAGCAGCCGCACAGUUCAGUUCCUGCACAGGCAAUGCCAAGCCACAUUGCACAGGCUCAAUUUUGAGCGGUACCCAAUUUUAAGCGCUCUGGUAAACCUGCAGGAUUACCAUGUAUUUACAAACACGUCAGAAAUAGGAUUGCCUAAUGCACUGCGUACGCUUAUGGAAUUAAACAGUCCAACAGCCAGAAUCCCCCAACAACUUCAGAAAAACAGUCCACCUGUUUGUUUGGAGACAUCUGCACAGGUUCAAUAUGCAUUACAAACAUGGGCCAUCUAGUACCAAGGUUAAGGCAGUCUCACAGGGCCAGAUUUCGUAAUGAGAACAUAAGGGGACGAUUUUUGGAUACUUCUGUACAGGUUCCACAUCCAUUAUAAACAUGGGCCAUUUACCAUGAGAAAUAUUGGGCUAAAUAGGAACGUAGACUAUUAGGGUGGGAACAAACUGAGUGUGAAAUGUCUAAACCAGUCCAAUGCCUUGUGAAAAGGCUUAAAAUGGGGGUCAGUGGUGCACCCUUCAACAUCUCAUUAGCACACAGAUGUCACGUAAGUUAGCAUGGCUGGAAUGUUCCCCACAAACUCCAAUUAAGCAUGCAAAUGUUUUGCUUUCGUCAUUGAUUGUACUUUGGACGUUGGAGAGAAUUUGGGGGCAGGUUUUAGAGAAGACGUACCCUUGUUUGCGGCAGAUAUUGCUGCAAUCCAGUAAUUUGGAAGCAUCUGUGCAGAUUCCACAUCCAUUAUAAAGUUGGGCCACCCAGUAUCAAGAU